CAACCGCGAACUGCCCGCGGCAAACGUCAAACAAACAAAAUUUACAGCAGCGGCGGCGAAUCUUUUCAAGCCCGGCGGCGCGCGAGAUCCACGCGGCGGCACGGCAGGCAGGCGGAGGCGCGCCCCGCCCGCCUUCGUGCCGUGCGCGCCUCCCCUUCCCUUCCCCGCUCCCCGCGCACGCCGAGGCCAAGAAUUGGGGGCUCGUUUCUGAUUUUGGGGGGUCUCGGGUUCAAUUCAUGACGGUGCGGCCGGGGUGGGUGGUGUGGGUGGCGCGCGGGUCGGCGGCGGCGUGGCAGCGGGUGGCGUGCAACCCGGAGACGCUCCCGCCCGACCGCGUCCUCGCGCUGAUCUGCUGCGCGCCGCUCCACCUCCUCGCGCGCCUCGCCGCCUUCCUCUGCAUCCCCUUCCUCCCCGGGCCAGCCCGCGGCACCCUCCGGCCCCGCCGCAGCCGUCGGGUCUUCCUCGUCCUCCAGCCUCCGGAGCUUGCGCCGCACCCCUUCACCUACUCGUCCAACUCCUCCUCGUUCUCGUCUUCGGAGGACGAGGAUGACGACAUCAACGAACACGCCGAUUGAGGUUGCUUGAGGAUAAGGCUUAGGAUGUGAGAAUUUUGGGGCUUUAGAUUUCACAAGUGAAGAAUUCACACUCAGAUGCGAUACUGGAUGCUGAACCGCUCGCCCUUCUGUCAAUUGGUGUUCUGGACUUAAUUCUGAGGUUAUUCAUUGUUAACAAGUCCAUACUAAGCCAGAAGCUUUGCAAAAAGGAUACCACCGGUUUAAGAUGUGAUUAUUGAUUGUUCAAUUGUAUUUGUAUUUAUUGAAGUCAUCACGAAGUAGUGGCAUGAUGUAGCUCAUAUGUGUUGAUGUGCCUGAAAGUUGAAGUGCAAUUCCAUGUUUGUGAACUGAUGACAGCCGUCGUCCAUAAGGUGGUCUCCCUGUUGCGAUUGGAUGGGUGGCACACCAGGAGCACAAAUGUUCCUUUUGAGUGUAUCUUUCAUCUUGUCAUUUUCAGUGUUUCUUUCUUCAAGGAUGGCCAUUUUCAGUUGCUGGAGUCCUUUUUUCAUGUGAAACAGAUUGCAUCUUCGACUGUUAUUUGGCAUUCGUGAU